ACGACAUAUUUCCUCGACUUGUAGUUCCAGUCAAACGGUUGGGUUUUUAGUUAAGGUCUUGAAAGAUGAUUUUUAAUUAAAAGACGUUCAUGAUUCAAGCCAGGGUUUAUUUAAAUGCGUAGUGUUCCUCGACUUUUGUUGUUUAAACGCAGUAAAUGCCUCGACUCGGAAAAUGAAAGACUAGAGUUAACACGUGAGUAGGCUAGCUAGCUACGUGGCUAAUUCACAUGUUAGGUCCACUGCCAUUCAUCGGAAGCUAGUAUACCGCUAUUCAAACUCGUUGUGAUUGAAGGCUUCAAACGCCCGUGAGAACACAGAAACCGAGGCUGCUCCUAUGGCUGGCAGCAGGAUGAAGCUGGAGCUGUCCCGAGUGGUCCAGGGAAGAAGUCGGCUGGGUGUCCUGACUGGACUCGGCCGGAUGGGACAGCACUCUCUGGAGGUCCCGGGCUGUCUGCUGUACACUCACUUCGGCACAGUACCCCACCUCACCCAGGACACUCUGCACACCCUGAGUAAACUUCCCUCUGUCUCACAGGUCACCCUGUCUAGUAUAGCAGAACACCAGGAAGUGCUGGAGGAGUUUAAGAAUGGCUUCCUCACGUUUGCAGGUCUUCAUGACACGGUUUUGUACUGCUCGCUGCAUGACCCUGCGACCCGCUGCCCGACAGGUUACACUACAAACAAGACGGUGUCGGUAUGGGGCAGCGGCGGGCGAAUUGAGCUGACUGUGGAGAAGUUCAUGUCCCUUCAGAAGACAGUGAAGCCAGACUGGUACCAGAGCAUGGCAGAUGGAGAAACGUGGCAAAACAACACUUCUCGCAAACGGGUCCGAAAGUCUGUCGAUCGAACUCUGGCUCACUUGGAUGAGUGUCUGCUUGUACACCAGAAAUCCAAGGAGUUGGAGGGAGUGGAGGUCUUCGGGGUGGUGGAGGGAGGAGACAUCCUUGAAGAGAGGCUGCGCUCGGCUAGAGAGACCGCCAAGAGGCCUGUGGCUGGAUUCUGCCUGGACGGUCUUCAAACAGGCACAAUCGACCAGAAACUGAGGACCCAGCUCAUCACCGCUGUGACCGGGGAGCUGCCUGAGCACAAACCCAGACUGCUGCAGGGUGUUGGACGACCUGACGAGGUGUUGGAUUGUGUGGAGGCCGGUGUGGACCUUUUUGAGAGUUUCUUCCCCUUCCAGGUGACGGAGCGAGGCUAUGCUCUCGUCUUCAGCUUCGAUAUCUCCCCAGACCCGGAGCGUGCAGGUAGAGCGCCCACCAAAGUUCUGGAGCUGGACAAAGAGCAGGAAACGGUGGGGGAGAAUGAACAGAACGGAGAUCUGAACCUGGAUGAUCAAACACAGAUGACAUCCUUUGAGAUCAAUCUCAACGACAAGAGGUACCAUGACGACUUUAGACCCCUGGUGGAUGGGUGUGGCUGCUACUGCUGCAAGAACCACCAGAGGGCGUACCUGCAUCACCUGCUGGUGACCAACGAGCUUCUUGCCGGCGUCCUGCUCAUGAUCCACAACACUGCCCACUAUCAUGGCUUCUUUGGUGCCCUCAGAGAUGCUCUGGCCACAGAUAAACUGGACCUCCUCAAGAGGCGGGUCCUUAUGGAGAGAAGAGACUUGGACGGAUGAAUCAGAGAGAUAGCAGAGUGAUUGAUCUUGCUGUUCCUUCAAAGAUCACUACACUCAGCCAGAGGCAAUCAAGGCUCUAUCUCGCUUUUCCCGGUUCAUUCAGGAUAAACUGUGAUAUCGUGGAGACCUUGAGACCGAGCCACUCCGUAUGUCGCUCAUGCCUCUUAAAGAAAGAGGUGGAUAAAUAGUAAGGGGGCAGAUAUGGACAACAGUUAUAUGACGCCUGUCGUGUUCGUGUCCCGGGCUCGUGUUUAGAUCUGAGCAGAUAGCCAGGAAUCAGCGUCAGGGUUUUAGAGAGAACAGGAGCAGGAAAAGAGGUCUGGAGGAACAUGCAUAAGGAAAGUGAUGGAUGGAGGUGAACUAUUGACUCUGGCUGAAUCUCUGUGUGCCUUCUGCUGUGGUCUGACUGCAGGUCAGCUGCUGACUAAUAUCGUUCGAACUCAUUAGCAUAGCAGCAUUGACAUGGAAGCAAACUGAGGUGACGUGCUACUUAAGUAGGGAAUAUCGAAAACAAAUCCUGCUCAUCUGCUGUUAUACAUCAAAAUGUCAAGCGCAUAAUAUGAUUCCCUCCUGGCUUUAUUGUUUUGUUUUUUUUUGUUUGUUUGUUUGUUUUUUUUGCAUUUCAUACUUUAUUUCGCCAUCUUUGUGGUGUGCUUCAUGAAUAUUUUUAAUGUCUCAGAUGAACACAUUAAUAUAAAAAAGCUUCUCGUACACAUGCUGGCAUUGAAAAUACAUUCCUGUCAAACACACAGAUGUCAUGGUUGUUUUCUCUCGUGGGUUUCAGGGAGGUUAACUGAGGGUUCGUGCUGUCAGCUCCACUAUUCCAGCUGUGGUGGAAGGAUAAAGAUCAAAUAAAGAUACGGGACUGUACUGCCUUCUGCAGGCUUAUUUGAAGGUGAAGAGAUAUAAUUGACUGCCAGGCUGCUGGUUUGACAGAGGGAGAGGACAGUGUGAUGGUUUUAUGGUUUAGGACUUUAGUGGAAUUUGUAGGUUACCUUUACAACAUCUAGCAGUAUAAAGAGGUUUCUGUAGGUGAGAUGCAUAAAUUCUUAGGAUAAAAUGGGUCCAUAAAAUGAAAAGAUUAAAAAAUAAAACCUUGCAGGAAAAAUGGAGACAGUAAAACAAGUUGUGACCUGUAGAUACUUCAACAUUAUUGGGACAGGAGCAUGGUAAUUAACAUCAGUUUUAAACUUUGAUCCAGAACUAGCAAAAAUCAAACAAUACUGAUAAGACACAACAUGAUAUGUAUCAUCAUACUAGGCUAAAAGGACAAUUUUAUUAAUAUAUUUUAUGGUUUGUAGUUUUGACAUGCUAUUGAAGUCAGCAUUGGAUUAAAACUAUUGUUUAACUUUA